UAGGUAUGUAUAUUGGGCUCGCGCAGAACUAGAUAUCACCUAGUGCACGACAGGGACAGCAAUGGCGACUAAACUAGUACCCUCUAUCGGAAAUUAUGUUCGCUAGCUGGAAACCAGUCUCUAACAGCGACGGCAGCAACGCGCUCCUGCGCAAGCUCCCGCACACCUUCGACCCCGUGACGGCCAAGACGGAGAGGCCGUUAGCUUGUUCUCAAUGUAGAGCGCAAAAGGUGCGUUGCACGAGCGAGCGCAACGGCGAGGGUUGCAGCCGAUGCCAGACGAUGCGUAGAAAAUGCACGUUCCCUCCUCGACGACGUAGCAGCGCCGUAACGGGCGAGGAGACACCCGAUUUCACGGAUGCGGAGACGCGGUCUGAUCCACCUGAGCUUCCCACGCCGGCGCCGACGGAGGACUCUGCGAGACCCGCAUCGUCAGCCUCCGCAAAUCAUGCCGCCGCCGACGAGUGGAUCCGCGAGUCUCAGAAAGGCUACCCGCACGGCGUAGACUUUUCCAAUUUCCCUCUCGACCACGAGUUCGCGCAAUAUUCGGGCUUCGACCUGAUGGCAGAUUGCGAGGUCCAGAGCGAACGGCUGGCAGUCGAACAGAUAUUGGUAACACAGGAGCAAUCGCUCUUCCGCGGCUCGCAACACCCGGAGAUCUACACUAGCGCGAGCGAACAGGCCACGAGUCCGGCCGUGCCCUCCCCGUCCGGGUUGCCACAAGCCGAGCCUCUGUUCUCCGGCGAAGCACAGACCCAAGGUAGCGCAGACGCGACGCGGCCCGGCGGGUCCGACUGCCAAUGCCUGCACCACGUGGUGGUCCUGAUGGACGAGCUGGAGCUUCUCGGCGAGCCUACUCAGGCGCAUCUCCCCGUAGAUGGUAUCCUCGUAGUACAUCGAAAAGCGCUGCGCCAGGCCGAGAGCAUGCUCGCCUGCGCGUCCUGCGCGACCCGUGUCGAUCAUAUGAUCAUUCUUACCUUUCUCGCCAGCAGGCUCGCCGACCUGUGUUGCCGCGCCGCCUCGGCGCUCUCAUCCCGCUGCGCGACAUACCACCCAGGUAUCAACGAGGCUCCGGCUACAUCGAUGGGCGAGUAUCGGCUUGAGAGCGAGACAGAGUAUAUCGCGGUCGCACGUGUGCUACUUCAACUCGGACUAGACGGCCUGAUCGGACUUGUGAGCGCCCUGCAAGAGGCUGGGAGACGGCUAGGCAGUGAGACGAUGGGCAGACGCCUGGGCGUGUGCAGGAGGGCGAUCGAGCUUAUGCUGGACGGCAUAUAACUCUCAUAUAGGCUCACGUCAGCCGGGAGACGGCUGGCAUUGUAAAUCAUGACUCGCAUAUGCCGCGUUUCGGCCAAGCAUAGCAGACUCAUUCGGACACUUCCUAAAGCGUCUUAGGCCAUAUAUAUAGAUUUCGAGAGGUAGGAGUUGGGUGGGGUUACAUUCUGCGGCUUGCUACGGCAGGCUGAUCUACGCCUCAUGUCACCGAGCUUGGCG